AGAGAAUCUUGAUAACUACUCCUUUCAAUAGCCUGUUUGCUCUUGUCUGAAAUAUCCUACACUGGUGAUAAAUCAAUUUCACGUUUGACCAACGAUGCAACGACAAUCCCAACGACAGCGACAGCUGAAUACAACCGGCACAAGUACGACAACUUCAGAGUCGGACUCAACAAUAGCAAACUUUCCGCAUACCCUGCGGCUUCGAGGCGAAAGCACUGCUUAUCAGAACGAAAGUACAGAGACCCAACAACAACAGGGACAAGACGGGUCUACAUCCCAUCGCGUGAGGUGGGAUGAGAAUGUAAUUAAUAAUGAGGGUAUGGGGAAAAAGAGUUCAAAAGUAUGCUGCAUAUAUCAUAGACCUCGAGCCGUGGACGAAAGUAGUUCCGAGUCUGAGUCGUCGUCUAGCUCAGAUGACUCGGAUACCGAUGAUGAUAACGAUAUGCGCGCUACGAGAAGAUCCGGUCGGCGACAAGGAUGUGAUCAUGAUGGCCAUGAGCAUGAAUACGAUCAUGACCAUGGAAUUAAGAAAGUCAGGAGGAAGAGGAGGCCGAGUCCGAAUGCUUAUGAGAGGCAGCCCAAGAACGAGCAGAAGCCUACGCAACAACCUAAGGCUGAGUAAUGGAGCAAUGUUGAAGAAGAGAAUAAAGCAAUGGUGGCUACAUUGUUAUUAUGAACUACAGACUUCUAGCUAUAAGAUAUAAUACCUUAUGGAAACAGCACGACGCAAGACACAAUUGGCGGGUAUAUAUCCUUUUCAAACCGAGCCAUUCUACACUCUUUUCUCCUCAAAACUCCGACCAUUCUGAUGAAAGACAAACAGACAUUCGAGCAACAACAGUUGAGAAACACAGUCAUACAAUAAUCAACCUAUACCAUCAUACUCCGUCUUCUUGCCGAAACACGUUGACCUCGCUUGGCUGGCAGAAUACUGCUCUCUUCCGUGAGAGCUCGUGUCGUUUUGGCUCUCGUUCCUUCGAUAUGCUUGAAAGAAUCCUCCAAACUAUCGUCGUGGGAUUCACUAUCAAUCUCGAAUGUCUCAUCAUCUAAAUUGGGCUUUUCGCGGUCAGAAACUGCAGGGUUUGAGGAAUGUCGGCGAGAUUGCGAAUUAGGAUUGGCUGACCGUCGCCGUGUUUGCGCUUGUGUAGUAUUAUUGGUAGUGAUGCUCUUGUCGGCCGAAGGGCUCAACAUGGCGCUUGAGUUGUGGACUUGACCAUCCUGCUUCGAAUCUAAUCCACACUCUGGAUCGUCCAGUCGUAGAAUAUCAUUUGUGCUCGCGGAUAAUGUCCUUCGUUUUCUCUUUGUUACCAUGUGCUUUGGUAACUCACCAAUUCCUUGGGUUGUGGUAGUCGCAGCCUUAUUGUCAAUAGACGAUUCGUUUUCUUCGGGGAUGUUGUUCAAUGUCGACUUGUCGGGAUCGUACUCUUGACCACUCGUGCCCGUGACAGUAGUAGAAGAACGUCGUCCACCUGCAAUUAUCACUGCAUCUACAAGCUCAUUCGUAGCUCUUCGCAUCUUGUCACGCAAAUUCGGCUCUGCG